AUGUCGCGUGGAGGGUGCAGGGCGUGCAGCGGUGUGCGUGUGCGAAGCCACGGCAGCAGCUCUGCCUCUGGGGAUGAUGGGUGGGCGGACAAUAGUGAGCAACCCUCGCCUGUCCCUCCUGCUGCACCAACGUCCCUUGCUGCCGCCACCCCUCCUCUGCCUGCUCACCUGGCCGCCACAGCCCCAGCUGCUUCCCCUGCUGAAUCUUCAGCCCCUGCUGUUCCUGCUGCCACUGAUGCCGCUCCCACGCUGGUUGCAUUGGCCACUGCGCGUGCUGCUGUGCCGCCUGCACUGGCCGGCAAGCCGCCAACCUCAGGCGAGGUGCGGCAGCAGCAGGCAGCAGGGGAGGCGGGCAAGGCAAGACCGGGCGAGGAAGCAGCAGAGGAGGGGCGAGCGAGGCGGGCAGAGAGGGAGCAAGUGGAUUGGAACAAGGCGUGGUACGCGGUGGGCGUGAUCGCAGACAUGGACGCGAGUCGGCCGCACGCGCUCACAGUGGUGGGCCGUCCGCUCGUGCUCUGGCGGGACCCCUCCCGAACCUGGCGCUGCUUCCUUGACCAAUGCCCCCACCGCUUGGUACCCCUCUCUGAAGGCCGCAUGGAUGAGAAGGGCCGCCUGGCGUGUUCGUACCACGGGUGGGCGUUUGCAGGCACUGGCGCGUGCCAGCUCAUCCCCCAGGCGCCCCAAGACAACCCCGGCCAGCCCCCCCGCGCCCUCUCCUCUCCCCGCGCCUGCGCCACCGCCUUCCCCACCAGGGAGUUCCAUGGCAUUCUCUUUGUGUGGCCCGACAGCGCCUCUGUGGAAGAGGCGGAGCGCACAGCCAUUCCCGAGCCCGAGGGAGUGGACUGGGAUGCCUUUGACGUGGCGCUGUACGCGCGGCGCCUGCCCUACAGCUACGAGAUGCUGGCGGAGAACUUUGCCGACCCGUCGCACCUCUACUUCGCGCACCACGGCAUCGGCCCGCUGCACCGCGACCAGGGGGCGCCCAUGAAGGAGAUCAGCAUGCAGCGCGUGACCAAGGAGGGCUUCCAAGGCACCUUCCACGAUGCUUCCUCGCCUGCCACCUUCACCUUCAGCGCCCCCACCUUCAUCUGCUACAACCGCACCCUCGCUCCACCACCAGCGGCAGCAACAGCAGCGGUGGCAGGGGCAGCUCCACGCGCGCCCACGACGGUGCUCAUCUGCCUCUACAUGACGCCCAUGCGCCCGGGGGAGUGCCUCAUGAUCUUCCUGCAGGCCAACAACGAGGGUGUGGUGAAGGGCACCAAGAAGGGUGGCAGUGCUGAUGGCAAGGGGGUUGAGAAAAGGGCGGUGCCAAGGAGGAAGUCGCUGUGGGGGGAGCAGUUUGCGUCGCAGGCGUGGCGAUCGCACCUCUUCACUCACAAUGUCUUUGACAGUGACAACUACUUUCUGCACUGCCAGGACAUUCUCGUGGGCCACAAUAUCGAAUCUAUUGCCGCCCGGCAUCGAGGUGCUGCCAUUGCCAGGGCAGGGGGAGGCGGGUUGACAGAGCAGGAGCAGGAGGAGGUGGAGAGGGCAGCUGAGAGGGCGAGCAGUCGGUUCUGGCAGUCGGAGUAUUUCCUGCCUGCCCCGGCUGACCUCUUCGUGGUGGCCUUCCGCCAGUGGAUGGGCUCGUAUGCAGGCGGCGCGGUAUCUUUCCCCCCAGGCUAUUCCCUGCCCCCCCAGCCGCUCCCCAAGGCAGUGGUGUUGGACCGAAUGGCCUCCCACACGGCACACUGCACCUCCUGCUCCUCCGCCCUCGCCUCCCUGCAGCGAGCGCACCUGCUGCUGCCCGCACUCUCUCUGCUCGCCGCUGCUGCUGCCGGUGCUGUUCCCCUAGCGUUUCCAUCCGCCUCUGUUGUGUUUUCUCUUGUCCUGCUGCUGAUGUCAGCAGCGCUAGCAGUAGCUGCCUGGAAGGUGCACCAGCUGAUCCCGCAGUUCAUCUAUGUUGGCUGGGAUCAUUCCAAGACCUAA